CCAUAACCAGACACAACUCAAAGAUUACAACUAUUUACAGAUUUAUACAUUGCGAUUUGCCCCAAGAGCCAAGGAGGAUACUACGAGACUCACACACCAUGUCCACCACCACAUUUGCCUCCGAAGCCACCACCUUCGAAUUGGCCCUAACCAGCCUCUUCAGCGGCCCCCCUGAGACUACUGAAGCCGAUCUGGCCAAGCUAUUCACACCUACUUUCACACAACGCGACGAUGAGACAAUGCGCGACUUCUCCGCCUUUGUUGCACACAUUAAGUGGCUGCGAGGAAAUCUUCCACCAGGAAGUGUGACGCUCAAGAUUACGCAGUUCCUGCGCGACGGUAAUCAAUUUGCGGAUAGACACAGCUCUACCAUGACGAUGCCAGAUGGAAAAGUGGGCGCCGCAGAGACAUUUAUGUUCGGGGAGGUGGCGGAAGAUGGGCGGAUCGAGUGGGUUGUGGAGACAGUGAAGCGGAAGUAGUGGAAGUGAUGGUUGGGAUAAGCCCGGCGGGAUGAGGCAUUAUUCUUGUGUGGUUACUAAAGAGACUCAAUCAUUGUUCUAUGUGAGUUUGAUUGCGAUUACUAAAUUUUAAUAUCCGAGUGAGAGGGAAUCAAUGGCGUUAUCCAAACAGCUGAAUGCAAUACUACAUUCCCCUCACGGUUCGCAUCACCUCACGAGGGAAACCUGGCCAUCUCGGCAAACAAUGGUAUCAUCCGAGCGGGUUCCCCUCAAUUAUGGUCUUGAUAAGCCACUAUUGCUGCAGAACGCCUAUCUGUGCCGUUAGUGUCUCCAUAGUGUCCGCAGUGCUUUUUCUGCCGAUUAAUCUAUUGCCAGACGGACUCCGUCGCUCCUCCGAAUGCCGGGUGCCGCGGCUAAGCUCUGCUGUAGCUUGCAUUUGCUGCAGG